AGUCUAAAGCUUAAAACAAUGAGCUAUCCAAUUUGAGCCUGGAGUGUGCAUUGGUGGGAAGGUUUUUGUGGUGGAGAAAAAAAAAAGAGGGGAGGAGACCCAGGACAUUUCAGUGCUGUGUGCGUAGUUAAGACACGUCAAGAGCUGGUUCAAAAGCUUAUUUGUAGAAGGCAAUUAUUUUCCUUAAAAUAGGUAUACUUCAAUUUUAUAACCGUUUCUGCGGUGAAGCAUUGGUAUGUUUUUGUGUUUUUGGUUUAUUUUUAUUACACCAGCAUAACAGGAAGCAGAUCUACACUACAACUUUGUGUAAAGACAGGAAAACAUAAGGAAACACAAAUACACAGCAUCCAGAACAGACCCUUAAAUUAAGUCAGUGAAAUAAAACCACUAUCUCCACGAAACGACCCGCAAUCUCCACACUAUGUCUCGCUGGGGGAGGAAGAAUGUCAAGAAAGCCCCUGAAGUGAUCAGGACGGUUACGGAGGGGUUGAAGUCACUGUAUCGCAAGAAGCUUUUUCCUAUUGAGGAGUAUUAUGGUUUUCAUGACUUUCACUCACCAAGUCUGGAAGAUGCUGACUUUGAUAACAAACCCAUGGUGCUAGUGGUUGGUCAGUACUCCACAGGAAAGACUACAUUCAUCAAAUACCUUCUGGAACAAGAGGUGCCUGGAAGCCGGGUGGGUCCAGAACCAACCACGGACUGCUUCACUGCCAUCAUGCAUGGUGAUAUGGAGGGAAUAAUCCCUGGAAACGCUCUCAUAGUAGACCCCAACAAGCCUUUUCGCAAACUCAACCCCUUCGGAAACACUUUCCUGAACAGAUUCCAGUGUGCGCAGCUGCCCAACCAGGUCCUGGAGAGCAUCAGUAUUAUUGACACCCCUGGCAUCCUGUCGGGAGCUAAGCAGAGAGUGAGCCGAGGUGAGGCCAAUACUAAAGGCUAUGACUUCCCAGCUGUCUUGCGUUGGUUUGCUGAACGAGUGGACCGAAUUAUUCUCCUUUUUGAUGCCCACAAACUGGAGAUUUCUGAUGAGUUUUCAGAGGCCAUAAGUGCUUUGAAGGGCAACGAGGACAAACUACGCGUGGUGCUUAACAAGGCUGAUAUGGUUGGGACGCAGCAGCUGAUGCGAGUAUAUGGUGCUCUCAUGUGGUCCCUGGGAAAAGUGUUUGGGACCCCUGAAGUGCUAAGAGUAUAUAUUGGCUCAUUCUGGUCUGAACCUCUCAUGGUUCCAGACAACCGGAAGUUGUUUGAAUUGGAAGAGGAAGAUCUUUUUGCUGACAUCCAGAACCUGCCACGAAAUGCAGCUGUACGCAAGCUGAAUGAUCUGGUCAAGAGAGCUCGUCUAGUGAGGGUUCAUGCUCACAUAAUCAGUUACCUGAAACAAGAGAUGCCUUCUGUCUUCAGAAAGGACAAUAAGAAAAAACAUUUGAUCCACCAGCUGCCAGUCAUCUUCUCCAAGAUCCAGCUGCAACAUCACAUAUCCCCUGGAGAUUUUCCUGACUGUGCCAAGAUGCAGGAACUCCUGGAAGGUCAAGACUUCACCAAAUUUAAGUCCCUGAAACCCAACAUGAUGGCUAUGCUGGAUGAGCUGUUGUCCAGUGACAUUGCCAAGCUGAUGCCUCUCCUUCGGCAAGAGGAGAUUGAGUCAGGAGGUCAGCCUGGAGUCCAAGGUGGGGCUUUCCUGGGCACCCGAGCAGGACCCUUUAUGGAAGGUGAUCCAUUCGGUGAGAAAGUUGAAGAUGAAGCUGAGGAUGGAGAAGUGAACGAGGACUGGAUUGUGACUAAGGAUAAGCCCAAGUAUGAUGAGAUCUUUUACAACCUUGCACCUAAUGAGGGCAAGCUGAGUGGCACCAAAGCCAAAGACUGGAUGGUGAGCACACGGUUGCCCAAUUCUGUGCUGGGUCGCAUAUGGAAGUUGUCAGAUGUAGAUCGUGAUGGCAUGUUGGAUGAUGAAGAAUUUGCCCUGGCUAGCCAUCUGAUUGAGGUGAAACUUGAAGGCCAUGGCCUGCCACCUGAAUUACCUGCUCGUUUGGUGCCUCCUUCUAAACGCAGACAAAAAGGAUCUGAUGCUUAGACAAUACAAGCUGCCAACGGUGUCUCUGAGGUAGUUUUCUUGUCAUAAAGCAUAUUUAAUAUGAUUAUUGGCAUCCUUCUUAAAAUCAAGCAAAAAUUAUUGUGUAGAAAAUAAACAUACAGAAUAAUAAAAAACAUUAUACCCAAGCAAACUAUAGGAUUUAUCCUUGCUCUAUUUUGAACUAAUUAAUAUUAUUUUCCCUCAGAAAUUUGCUAUAAUAAUGAUUUGAAAAAAAGCUGUUUGAAGCAUUGGAAGAAAUUUGUAAAAUUGUAUAACAUAAUGCAGCACGUGAGCUUUACAUAGUUUCCUUAGAACUUUUUGGUUAUUUAAACCAUUGGUAACAAAAAUGGACUGCACAUUGAUUCUUAAAGGCUGUUUUGUGCCUGACGAUUCAGGGAUUCCGAGCCAACCAUACUUCCAAAGAGUUCAAAUAAAUGUUUACUUCAAAGCCUACUGAAAGCUUGUUUUCUAAAAUAAAGAGGGCUACAUGCACAAACCAAAGAAUAUAAAGAAGCUUGUACAUGUGUCUACAAGUGUCUGCAAACUUUCUGUAUUACAGGAAUUGACUGACUGCUGGUAAUCAAUCUGGCACAGGCUUUGAAAUGAUUAAUUGUGCCAAUCAUUUUAAAAUCAGUGUUUUAUAGAAAAAUACAUGCGUAUUAAUAUAUUUUCAUGAAGGUUGGCAAUAAUUCUCCAGGGCUUUAUGCCAUGAUAUGUAAAGAACAGAGAAAUAAGAAAAGAUCUUCCUGAUUAGUAAAGAUUUCAGAAGUAAGAAACGAUUUAUAUCUUUGGGGAAACUGGCACAACUAAAUGUAUGAGUGCCAGUAUGCAUUGAAUUAAGAAAACUGUCUAUGGGUCUGCACUGUCAUAACUGUUUCAGAGCAGAUCAUUCUUGUGAAUCACAUUCGCUAUGCAGCUUCACCAACUGUCUCUGUCUUUGUCUUUGUUGCUAAACACCAGUAAUUUUUUUUAUAUAAAUAUAAAUAAAAUCAAAGAGCUCAUCUAAAAGAAAUUGCAUACAGUUGAUAUCCAGAGGUAUAAUGCGAAACAAUUUUAUGCCUUAUAACUCAAUACAGUAUUAAAAAACAAGAAUUUCAAAAUGUGUCAUUUGCUUAAAUCAUUGCAUACUAUGAAUGUUUCUAUUAAAUUCCUUUAUUAAUGUCAUGCAUUUUAAACAUAAUUAUGUUGUUGACUACUGUACAACACUUUACUGAUUGCUUUUUAAUGAAUUUCAUUAUUAUUAAAACAAAUAAACCGUGCUGAUUUUA